AUGAAUACAGUUAGCAAUGGGCAUAUCGACGUCAAGGCAUCGAUAUGGGCGCGCUCGUCGCCAGUUGCCGAGGUGGAAGUCUCACAAAUUCGGAAUCCGAGCGUCCCAAUCUUGCAACGAAAUGCCGGUAUUGGCCAAGAGCGCGCAGGCGAUACCCUGCAUAUGCGAAUAGUAGGAUGCGCAAUUGAGUUGGAACCUAGUUAUACAUGA